ACACAAUAAAAUCCCGUUGGUUUAUUUGUGCGUGGGAUUUGGGAAGUGACCUCUUGCAAGCACGAACCUAGCCAUAAAUGCAAAUUAAUUGCGGAGAAAAAAUUUUAGAUCGUUCGCACUCUUAGGAUGCAUGAAAUAGUGGGAAAGAUGGGAAGGCUGGCCUGCUCGAGCAGUUGCGAGAGAGAGACAGAGGCAGAGAGAUACGGGUAACGAUGAGCGAGUGUUGAAAGAGAGGGAGGGAGAAGCGCCAGUGGGGAAAGGUGCUCCUCCAAUUUGCAGUGCUCUUUCAUUACUUUUUUUUUUUUUACUCCUCUGAGCUUCCAUCGUUCUCUGCUUCGCCUUCCAUUUCCAUAUCUACCUACAUUCAUUCUUUGCGUUUUCUUUUGGUGCUUACGAGAUAUCCAUCUUUUCAUUUCCUUCACUUUCCUCCUCUUCAUCGUCUUAAAUUUCAUCUCUUUCAUGACUUUUGCUUCGUCAUCUUCUCCAAAGUGGCAAUAUUGCUCUACUUUCUUCGUGGUCUGCGGCGUCAGUUAACGACAGGCUUACUUAUUAUUGCAACAGAUCUGAGCGGAGCCGAGGGGCGGUUAGGUGACAUGUCAAGGUUGGGAGACGCAUGGGCGAAAUCCCCAAAACUCUUCUCGGUGGAAUCCGUCUCUGAACGAUUUGAUUCCAUGCUUAGCUUCGAGGGAAACAAACGUGAUGCUAAGGAGUUCACUGAAGUUGCGUCCCCUCUCUCGCCUCUCCGGAUCAAGGGCACUGUUACGGCGGCCACUAGCAGCAGCUCAAGCUCCUCCGGUUCUUCUGGAAAGCCAACGCAAAACGCUGGGGACCGAAAAUGGGAUAGCGGACGAGAGCGCGGCCACUCCAAAGAGCUUUCCAGCCCGAGGAGCUUCUCAGGCGUUGGAGGUGGCUCCUCUGCCAGCUCACCAGUUGCCAAUGUGCUUCCGGCUGGGAACAUUUGCCCCUCUGGAAAGGUUGGAAAGAUGGGGAUGAUGAGCAGGAGCACGGCGAGAAACGAUGUUCUUGGAUCAGGAACUGGUAAUUAUGGACACGGAAGCAUAUUGCGAGGCGGUCCACUUGGAUCGGUGACGGUGAAGGCCCCAAGCGGUCGUGAGACUGAGUCGUGGAGAGGAAAGAGGGCGGAUCCGGAGGAGGCUACAAGGGCCGGAAAUGAGCACUAUAAGAAGGGGCAGUUUGCAGAGGCGCUAAAAUUCUAUGACCGAGCUGUUGAGAUGUGCCCAAACAAUGCAGCUUGCCGGAAUAACAGGGCAGCAGCACUAAGCGGGCUGGGAAGAUUGGAAGAGGCAGUGAAGGAGUGUGAGGUUGCCAUUCAACUUGAUCCGGCCUAUGGCAAGGCUCAUCAUAGGCUUUCUGGUAUAUAUCUAAGGCUAGGGCAAGUUGAUUUUGCCCGGAAACACCUCUUGUUGGUUGGACAACAGCCAGAUCAUACUGAGGUACUGAAACUGCAAACAGUAGAGAGACAUCUGGGAAGAUGGGCUGAAUUUCGCAGGUUGGGGGACUGGAAGAGUGCUUUGAGGGAAGCGGAUUCUGUUACUGCAGCUGGAGCAGACAGUUCCCUUUUCAUAAAUGCAUUGAGAGCAGAAGCCCUUCUCCGGCUUCAUCAUCUAGUAGAGGCUGAUUCAACUUUAUCAUAUGCAUUCAAGUACGAAAUUGGAUGGUCUUUAUCUUUUCACUCCAAAUUUCUUGGUAUGCUCUCCAAUUCCUAUAUCUACUUUGUACGGGCUCAAGUUGAAAUGGCGUUAGGAAGGUUUGAGAAUGCAGUGGCAUCGGUUGAGAAAGCUCGGCAACUAGAUCCCCGUAAUGUAGAAAUUUCUGUGAUGUGGAACAAUGUGAAUUCUGUUGUAAGGGCACGCUCCCAGGGGAAUGAGUUUUUCAAUUCUGCAAAAUUUGCUGAUGCUUCCAUAGCUUAUAGUGAGGGCCUUAAAUAUGACCCGUCAAACCCAGUUCUGUAUUGCAAUAGAGCGGCUUGUCAUUCCAAGCUUGGCCAUUGGGAGAAAUCAUUGGAGGACUGCAAUGAGGCUUUACGGAUUCAACCUGGUUAUGUUAAGGCUCUUCUCAGACGAGCAGCCUCUUAUGCAAAGCUUGAACAGUGGAUGGAGGCUGUUAGAGAUUAUGAGAUUCUGAGGAGGGAACUUCCUACUGACACUGUGGUUGCAGAAGCAUAUUUCCAUGCUGAAGUUGCAUUGAAGGCAUCCCUAGAAGAGGAGGUUUCUGAUAUAAAAUUUGGUGGUGAGGUUGAGAUGAUGACAGGCCAAAAGCAGUUACAAGAAACAAUAGCUCUCACCGGUAUUUCUGUUGUAUAUUUCUUGUCUGCAUCAAACCAUCAUUGUGCUCAAACAACUCCCAUUGUUGAGGCUCUUUGUGCCAGAUAUCCAUCUCUUAACUUUAUGAAGGUUGAAGUCACCGAGAGCCCGGCCAUCGCCAAGGCCGAGAAUGUGCGGAUUGUACCUACAGUCAAGAUUUACAAGAAUGGCGUAAAAGUGAAGGAGAUGAUCUGUCCCAGCCAGCAAGUUCUGGAGUUUUCGCUGCGACAUUAUGGAAUCUAGAAUUGGUCCAUUUUUUUACUUUAACUCCAACUCCUUACUGAAUCAAAUGCCAGAUCCGAGGAAGCUACAUUAAACCCAAUUUUUUACUAUCUUUUUCCCUUCUACCUCACACGUUAAGGACAUUUUCACCAUGUUUUCCCUUAGCCCACCUCAUCAAUUCUUUGUAAUUCACCUUCCUGUCUCAUUCUGCUUUUCCUUGAUAGCUUAGGACACCCAUUAGCUCCCUGACAAUAAUUGUUGAGACGCUUAAGCUCUUUUACUUCUUUAGUUCUGCAGGUUUACUAGUUAAGUUGGGGAUGCUCAGGAGGAGAGAUGGCUACUUAAAGAUUUGUUACAUUUAUAGACCAUAUACAAAGCGUUAUAAGCCAUUGAUUUGCAACAUUGAAUGUAUGUUUCCAUUUUUAUGAAUAAGAAUUCAAAUUCUUUUCGGUC